UAUUUUAUCUCCCUCUCAUUUUGUAUAUUGAAUGUUGUAUAAAAUAUAAAAAUAUAUAACAUUGGUUCAAGUCCCAGUGAUAAAAAAACAAAGUCAAUUUUGACUAUUCAAUUAUUCACAUACAGUUAAUCAAUAAAUAAUCAACUAUUACAAACAAAUAAUAUUGACAUACUAACAAUUAUGUCUUCACUAAGUGGUGAUGAAAAUGAAGUUAUGGAUAAUGUACCAGAUAUAAUUGAAUUAUAAUAUCAACAAAAUAGCAUGUACAACAUAGUUGCGUCUUUUUUAUCAUCGGUCUCUCUGUCUCUAACCUAACACACGAGUAAAUAAUAAUAAUAAUAUAAAAAUCAAAUACAUUAAAGCUUUGAUAACACACAUACAACUACAUAUCGCCAUUAUCAUCAUUGGUUAUUUUUUCAUUUUUAAUGAUAAAACACCAGUUAUUAUUAUAACAGCAGUUUGGAUUUUUGUGUCAUCGUGUAAGAAGAACAAGAUCAGGACGUGCAGUUAAAGCACCAGUAACACCAAAAAAAACACCAGUUAAAAAAACACCAACAAAAACAAGAACAACAAGACGAACGACAAUUGAAACAGAAUCUCUUGACGAUACGACAAUAUCAACAAUAGUUGAGGAAAAUAUUGAUGAAAAUAGUGAAAAUGGUAUGGAAUUUGACCAAGUAAUUAUGGAAAAAUGUGAAGAAGACACAACAUCAUCAGUACCAUUUGAUCUUGAUGAUCAGGUUGAUGAUGAAAUUGAUGAACCAGAGUACACUGAAAUUGAUCCUGAAAUUGAGGAAGUUGUACCUGAAUUAGAAUCACCACCACCACCAGUUGUCACAAAUAAUCAACCAACUUGUACAAUAUUAUCAACUUUAAAAACUAAAGAACAUCCGACAAUGGGUGCUUGUGAAGAACAAGUAAUAACUUUAGAAGAUGAUGAAGAAGAUGGUGGUAAUAAUGAUGUCGACAAGACAAUGCUUGACAGCAAUAAUGUUGAUUCAUCAGCAAAUAAUGGUGAUUCAAUUGUAAAUGAGGCAAUUGAUUGUGACCAAGAACAAGAUACUGAAAAUACUCAAACAAACACUGUUGAAAAUGAAGAAAAUAUGUCAGUUGAAGUUGUGCCAGAAACAAUGAUGGAAGUAGAAGAAGAAGAAGAAAAUGUAGAACAAACUGAAAAUAAUAUUGAAAUGGAAGAUAAAUCACCGGUUGAUUUAGAUGAUAAUAAAAAAUCAGAACCUGAUACUGAAGCUGUAUCAGAAGAUGAACUUCCAACAGAAGUUGCUGCCAAGGAGCCAGAUACAGAAGCUGUGUCAGACGAAGAACUUCCAUCUGCUGUUCCAGCUGAUCUUGGUGAAACUGAGUCUGUAUCUGAAGACGAGCUACCUCCAGAUAGUGAAAAAAAACGUAAAAAUCAAGCUAAAAUAAAAAAACCAUCAACACCAUCAAAAGUUGACGGUAGUACUAAGAGAAAGCUCAAUGCUGAUGGUGAGUAUGAUGAAAAUUCACCAAUAUCUGAGACAAAUGAUGAAACACCAGCUAAAAAACAGGCUCUAUCAAGUGACGUUGAUGAUGGUGAUGAUAAACAAAACACUGUUGAACCACCACCAUCACCAAAAAAAAAAGUAUUACCUGAAUUAGAAAAAUACUGGAAAGCUGUUAAUGAGGAUCCAUCUGAUUUUACUGGCUGGACAUACCUUCUUCAAUAUGUCGAUCAAGAGAAUGAUCCAGAGGCUGCACGUGAUGCAUACAAUAAAUUCUUACAACGUUAUCCAUAUUGUUACGGUUAUUGGCGUAAAUAUGCUGAUUAUGAAAAGAAAAAAGGAAAUCCGGAAAAUGUACAAACGGUAUUCGAUCAAGGUUUGAAAGCAAUAUCAUUGAGUGUUGAUUUGUGGCUACAUUACAUCAAUCAUUGUAAAGUUGUACAUGAUAAGGAUGAUGAUAAAUUACGUGAACAAUAUGAGAGAGCAAUUGAUGCAUGUGGAUUGGAAUUCAGAUCUGAUCGUCUAUGGGAGAGUUAUAUUAAAUGGGAACUAGAAGGUAAACGUUUGAGUCGUGUUACAGCAUUAUAUGAUCGUCUUUUGUCAACUCCAACAUUUGGCUACAUGACUCACUUCCAGACCUUUCAAGAAUUUGUAUCAACAAAUAGUCCAAAUAAAAUUUUAACAACUGAUGAUUUUUUGGAAUUACGUGGUGAAGUUAAAGCAUUAUUAAAAUCAGAUGAAGCAACAACAGCAGUAGCAGCAAAAUCAUCAUCACCAACACCACCACCACCAUCAAUAACAACAGGAAAAGAAGACGAAGAAGAAAAAGAAGAAGCAGCAGAAAAAAAAAUAAAAGAAAAAGAAGAACAAACAAAUGAUUUACCACCUGGUGAAGAGCCAUUAACAAGUGAUGAUACACCACCAACUGAUGAAGAAACUCGUGCUAUACGUGAAAAAAUAAUAAGUCAUCGUCGUAAAAUGCAUAAAGCAAAUGUAACUGAUGUUGCAGCAAGAUGGACAUAUGAAGAAGGUAUUAAAAGACCAUAUUUUCAUGUUAAACCAUUGGAACGUUGUCAGCUUAAAAAUUGGAAAGAAUAUCUUGAUUUUGAAAUUGAACAAAAAGAUGAAUCAAGAAUAAUUAUUUUAUUUGAACGUUGUUUAAUUGCUUGUGCACUUUAUGAUGAAUUUUGGUUACGUUUUGUACGUUAUCUUGAGACACUUGAUAAUGAUAAUAUUGAUAAAAUACGUGAUGUAUAUACACGUGCAUGCAAAGUACAUCAUCCAAAAAAACCAAAUUUACAUUUACAAUGGGCAACAUUUGAAGAGGGACUUGUUGAUUUUGAUAAAGCUGCUGAAAUAUUAGAAAAUAUUGAUACAGUUAUGCCAAAUAUGCUUCAAGUUGCAUAUCGAAGAAUUAAUCUUGAAAGAAGACGUGGUGAUCUUGAAAGAGCAUGUACUCUAUAUGAAAAUUAUAUAACAAAUAGCAAAAAUAGAACAAUUGCUAAUAAUAUUGCUGUUAAAUAUGCACGUUUUCUUUGUAAAUUUAAAAAUAAUAUUGAUAUGGCAGUUGAUGUAUUGAUAAAAGCAACUGAUAAAGACAAGGAUAAUCCAAGACUUUAUCUUCAAUUAAUUGAUCUUGGUCUUCAAAGAAAUCCAGUAAAUACCGAUGAGGUUAUUAGCUAUAUGGAUAUGUUUAUUGAUCGUGAAAAUGCUGAUGUUGAACAAAGAGUAUUAUUUGCUCAGAGAAAAGUUGAAUUUCUUGAAGAUUUUAGUGAAGAUAUUAAACAAGUUCUCAAGGCACAUGAGCAAUUUCAAAAAUGUAUUAAACAAGCUAAAGAAAGAAAAAAAGCAAAAAAUGAAGAAACCAAAGUGGAAUUAUCACCAUCAUCAAGAAAAACUAGCCGAGCUAAUGAAGUAUCAACAGCAGUACCACCACCACCAACAGCAACAGCAUCAACGACAAAUUAUCAGUACAGUGGUACAACACCAGCGAAUUAUCAAUCACAACAAUUUCAAAGUGGUCAGUAUGCUAAUCAAAGUGGUUAUCAACAAGGAUAUCAACAAUAUCCACCACCUUCUGAUCCAAAUUAUGCAAACUACCAAAAUUGGCAGUACAGUCAGAGUGCACCACAAGCAUAUGGACCAUACAAUCAAUGGGGAUCAUACAAUUACUACUAAAAAAAAAAAAGAACAAAACAUUUAAAUUACCUCAUUAAAAUGUGUUUUUUUUUUUUUUUUUGUUUGUUUUUCUCCAAAAUAUUCACGUCAUUAGUUUAUAUGUAUACACACACACACACCCACACGCAUACAUAAGUGAGUGUGUAAUAACAAUCAAUUAAUUGUCAACACGAAGUAUCAGUUUUACAUUUUUUAUUUAUGA